GAGCAAUACAUAAUUAUCUUAAACUCUAAAAAAACUGCUUACUGGUCAGACUUUUUGUUAUAAAUCUCCUCAUUAAAAAUAAUGACAUUCUAUCUUAUAUGGAGAUGGAUCUAAAAAUAAGAGUGAUGUUUACACGACGCUAUAUGCGUUCCGUUUUCAAACACAGUGUCAGCAAGAGGCACAGGAAUCAAACGUCAGUUGCGUUGUGUUUAGCGGCUAAACAGAACAAAUCGAUUAUAUCGUACCGCGUGUAACCUCCAUAAUCUGAACUUAUUUGAAUUUAAAUGGCGCGAAACUAGAAUGUCAUUGAAUGUUUUGUAAUCUGUUCCAAGUUUGAGUUUUAUUUUAGUGUUCUCUUUACAAUAUACAAGAAUGCUGAAGAGGAAUUUGUUUACAGUUCUGAUUGUUUUUUGUUUAUUAUCUACAGGCUUUGCUUGCAAUGAAAGUAAAACGACAUAUUCAGAGGAACGCAAAAGAGUUGGUGAAUCGUUAUAUAAGGAAUGUCUAUGUGCCAGUAAUGAUAAUGAAACUGCCACACCGCAAUGGCUAGACCCUGGCAACGUUAAAAUACGACCAGGUUCGAGUCCAGGUAUAGAAACGGAAGAGCGCAACAACCGACUGAGCUUGUUCGUAAAGAGGUUAAGUAUCACCAUGGUUGGUACGUACAAGUGUCAGUGCGACUGUGGAGGAAAGUUGAACACUCUAGAACAACUUGAACUUAAAGUUUACAAUCCUCUAGAAAUAAUAAACACACCAGAAGACCAGAACAUUGUGCUGGGAGAGAACUCUGAAAUCAAAUGUGAAGGCUGGGGUGGGCUUGGAGAACGAUACACCUGGUGGGACAAACCGACGAAUAAAGAAACAUAUAAGUAUAAUGAAGUAGUAAACGGUCUCGUAAUAAACAAUGUGACUGAAGAAGAUCGUGGGACAUUCGUAUGCUUUGUGUCAGACAUGGAGACGGGGGCUGAAGUUAAUAGAUCGAUUAAUGUAAAGGUAAUAUCAAGGCCCAAGAUAGUGGAUUUAUAUGCAAAUCCUGAUACGACGGUAAUAGUUGGAAACACUUUGACUAUGGAGUGUGAAGCUGUAGGAACUCCUACGCCUACAUUCUCUUGGCAUAUUGAAGAGCCAGUCAAUAGUUCCUCGAAUAGAAAGCGCAAAUUAGGAGAUAAUGUAAGAUAUGAACACAACAGAAUGAUCAUUGAUAACAUCACCGCAGAAGAUAACGGAACGUAUCAAUGUACAGCGAGCAAUAUCAUUGGAAAUGAUUCUUACAAAAUUGAUAUCAAGGUAUAUGUGCCACCAAGAAUCAUUGAAUUUAAUGACACCACUGUGGUAGAAGGGACCACGAUGCAGAUAAUAUGUGACGCAGUAGGCCGUCCGAAACCCGACAUCACUAUUAUGUAUAUAGGCAGGGACAUCAACGGAUCAAAAGAAUUGACCGAUGAAUUCAUAAUCACGUCGCCCUUCAUACCUGUGACGGCUGCGGUCGAAGGAUAUUAUAUUUGCAAUGCAACUAAUGUUGUUGACUUCGAAACCAGCAUGAUAUACGUAACUGUGCUGCAUAAACCGAUAUUUAAAGUUGAAAAAGAAACUAUAUGGGGCUGGGAGGGACAGAAUAUCAACUUGGAUUGCGAAAAUGAUGGCAACCCCAACGCCACUGUUGUUUGGAGUUACGAAAAUCCAAGUAUUGACGACUUUAGUGUAAAGGGAGAAAAAUAUGAUGAAAUAGAAUCUCUCUUGAAAAACCUAAAUCAAGGGUCUGAGAAGAACAUAGCCAUAACAAUCACGAACACAACUGAUCUUUAUGGAUUGUACCGAUGUACUGCUCGUAAUGAAUAUGGGGAAAGCACCAAAUUUAUGGACUUUAAAGAAGGAUUCCCUCCAAGCGUUAUUGCUAACUUCACAGUUGAUGCACGAUCAACGGAAGUUAUUUUUCGAAUCCCGCUGCCGACUGGCUACCAAGGGCCUGAAGUGACCGGAUAUAUUGCGGAAUACGAUACUGAGGCAAACUAUUAUAUUACUCAUAUCCAUCCAAAUAGAACCUGGAGUGUCGAUAGAGCAGCUGAUGGACUCUUACUCAGCAAUUUGAUUCCUAGCACAAGAUACAAUAUAAAGUUUGCGGCGAUAAAUGAUGUCGGCACCGGCAUGUGGACUGAAAUGCAUUACUUUGAUACUCUUGCGCCAUCUCCCCCAAGUUCACCUAAAUGGAACAGCAGCUCGGAUGAGGUGCACACGAAUGUGACGGAGCUCCUCGUCUUGAAAUGGACCCCACCCGUAGACAACGGAGCAACCAUAGACUAUUACUUGAUUCGCUAUUGCCGUAACUGCACAGCGGACGACGGGUCGUGCAAAGAGCUGAAGAUGAUAUCGACCACGGAAUUCCACACAAAUGUUUUGGAGCCGAACACCGAGUACUGUGUGGAAGUGAGGGCUCACAACUCCGUGGGUCUCUCUGAAGCUGCGCAUAUCACUGUAGCUGUUGGACCACUGACAAUGGAAACUUCACUGUCUGCUGGAGCCAUCGUCGGCGUUGCUAUUGUAGUUGUGAUUGUUGCAUUCGUUAUUCUGGAUCUCCUUCUCUGUCUGUGGAAAAAACAGGGCAUGAUCGCCAACUUCUACUUCAAGACUAGCAAAAAGAGGAUCAAUCAAAUUGAACACAUAAGGGACAAAAAGGGUCUCCUCAAUGACAACAAACCAUCAAUAAUCGAAAACACAAACAAACAUAAAGAGUUUGAAUACAACAAGGCUACCGGAAUUAUAACCGGGAAACAUUCCUCGGUGUGAAGUGGGGAAAGGAAGAUAAUGUACACGAAAAUAUUUCAUUAAAAACUGUAUUUAAGUGUGUGGAUGUGACAACAUCAUCAUUCCAUCUCACCUGUCAUGGCAUGUCACGUGCGAAAAAAGUUUUAUUUGUGUCAAAUACCAUUUUCGUCCAUAUUUUUGGCAACUAAAUAAAUAUAUGUAUGGAAUUACAAAAUUAACAAGAUUUUGAAAUUGCUUAUAAUCCUUACUUUUCAACCUGUGAAAACCAUAUAUUAUUAUAAGUGUGUUUGUUUGUUACCUCUUUUCACUUUAUCUACUGAACCAAACUUUAAGAAAGUUCGCAAUAAAAGCCAAGUGUAGAACAAUGAAAUCAUUCUAGAAAAGAUACCGUUUUCUUGAGAAAUUUAAGUGAGUGAUGCCGCGGGUAAAACUAGUUAUUUUUCCCAAAGUACAAAAUAAGUGUUAUAGAUAAGAAUUUUUAGGAUAGGUAGCUAAAUAACCCAUCGAUCGCAUCGAAUGAAAAAUCCAUAGAUUGAUAAAUAUAGAUACAUAGUUGCCUAUUUGUGAUAAUGUACCUACUUACUUGUUAUAAGAAUAUAUUUUAUUAAAAUAAAAUGCAGUAUUUGAAUUUGUUUUUAGAUUUAACUAUUUAUGUAAAUUAUUAAUCAACAGUCAGCAGCACAUCAAGUUACUGUGCAUGGACAUCAAUAGCGCGGUAAGAGAGGCCAGUUUGUAAUGAUUUAUAUUGAAAAAUCAUUAUAUACAUGACCGUAUUAUCACACGGCUUUACCUAGCCAUAAAAUCUAACUUUCGCUCGAUUGUACCAUAAUGUACUAUUAUACUAUUUUGUAUUAGAAACUAUAUUAUUUAUACGCUAUAUUUUAUCUGUACAGUUAUGUAAAUUUAAAAAAGAUAAUUUCUGUUGACAUUCUGUAUAGUUUAUUACCAAAGAUACUCAUAAUAUUAUUAUUGUGUUAUAGUGUCAAUAAAUUUGUAAGAAAAAAA